AUGGAUGGAUGUCGAUUACUGACUUGUAUUACGGGUGACCUGGCUGGGAAUGGAGGGGUAGUGGAUGGAAGACAGGAGACAGACACGAGACGGGAGUCGGCGACGUCGGUGGGGUGGUGGGUUACCGAGGGCUCCAGCUGUCGGCUGAUAAAGAGGCUGAGGUCUGAGGCGUUAAGCCUCACAGUGAAAGCAGAGCUUACGGGAGUGACACAGGGCAAUGGCCAUUCUCCGGCCCACACGGUCCCCAGCACAGAGCCCAGGCCAAAGCAAAGACACAUGGAUAAACAGGCCCAGAUGACACUCCACGCCUCUGCCUUCCAGGCCUCCUCUCCAGCUGCCUUCCAGGCCUCCUCUGCAGCUGCCUUCCAGGCCUCCUCUCCAGCUGCCUUCCAGGCCACCUUUAAACCUGACUUCCAGGCCACCUCUCCAUCUGCCUUCCAGCACAUCUCUCCAGCUGCCUUCCAGGCCACCUCUCCAGCUGCCUUCCAGUACACCUAUCCAGCUGCCUCCCAGGCCAUCUCUCCAACUGACUCCCAGUACACCUCUCCAACCGCCUUCCAGUACACCUCUCCAGCUGCCUCCCAGGCCAUCUCUCCAACUGACUCCCAGUACACCUCUCCAGCCGCCUUCCAGUACACCCCUCCAUCUGCCUUCCAGCACACCUCUCCAACCGUCUUCCAGUACACCUCUCCAUCUGCCUUUCAGUACACCUCUCCAGCUGCCUCCCAGGCCAUCUCUCCAACUGACUCCCAGUACACCUCUCCAACCGCCUUCCAGUACACCUCUCCAUCUGCCUUCCAGCACACCUCUCCAACCGCCUUCCAGGCCACCUCUCCAGCUGCCUUCCUGGCCUCCUCUCCAGCUGCCUUCCAGGACACCUCUAAAGCUGACUUCCAUGCCACCUCUCCAUUUGCCUUCCAGCACAUCUCUCCAGCUGCCUUCCAGGCGUCCUCUCCAGCUGCCUUCCAGGCCUCCACUCCAGCUGCCUUCCAGGCCACCUCUAAAGCUGACUUCCAGGCCACCUCUCCAUCUGCCUUCCAUUACACCUCUCCAACUGUCUUCCAGCACACCUCUCCAGCUGCCUCCCAGGCCAUCUCUCCAACUGACUCCCAGUACACCUCUUCAGCUGCCUUCCAGUACACCUCUCCAGCUGCCUUCCACUCUCCAGCUGUCAUUCAGGCCACCUCUUCAGCUGCCUUCCAGUCCAUCUCUCCAGCUGCCUUCAAGGCCACCUCUCCAGCUGACAUCCAGGCCACCUCUCCAGCUACCUUCCAGGCCAACACUCCAACUGCCUUUCAGGCCACCUCUCCCGCUGCCUUCCAGUACCUCUCUCCAGAUGCCUUCCAGUACACCUCUCCAGCUGCCUUCCAAUACACCUCUCCAGCUGACUUCCAGUACCUCUCUCCAGAUGCCUUCCAGUACACCUCUCCAGCUGCCUUCCAAUACACCUCUCCAGCUGCCUUCCAGUACAUCUCUCCAGCUGCCUUCCAAUACACCUCUCCAGCUGCCUUCCAAUACACCUCUCCAGCUGCCUUCCAAUACACCUCUCCAGCUGCCUUCCAAUACACCUCUCCAGCUGCCUUCCGAUACACCUCUCCAGCUGCCUUCCGAUACACCUCUCCAGCUGCCUUCCAAUACACCUCUCCAGCUGCCUUCCAAUACAUCUCUCCAGCUGACUUCCAGUACACCUCUCCAGCUGCCUUCCAGUACACCUCUCCAGCUGGCUUCCAAUACACCUCUCCAGCUGCCUUCCAGUACCACUCUCCAGCUGCCUUCCAAUACAUCUCUCCAGCUGCCUUCCAAUACACCUCUCCAGCUGCCUUCCAAUACACCUCUCCAGCUGCCUUCCGAUACACCUCUCCAGCUGCCUUCCAGUACCACUCUCCAGCUGCCUUCCAAUACACCUCUCCAGCUGCCUUCCAAUACACCUCUCCAGCUGCCUUCCAGUACCACUCUCCAGCUGCCUUCCAAUACACCUCUCCAGCUGCUUUCCAAUACACCUCUCCAGCUGCCUUCCGAUACACCUCUCCAGCUGCCUUCCGAUACACCUCUCCAGCUGCCUUCCCAUACAUCUCUCCAGCUGCCUUCCGAUACACCUCUCCAGCUGCCUUCCGAUACAUCUCUCCAGCUGCCUUCCGAUACACCUCUCCAGCUGCCUUCCGAUACACCUCUCCAGCUGCCUUCCAAUACACCUCUCCAGCUGCCUUCCAAUACACCUCUCCAGCUGCCUUCCAAUACACCUCUCCAGCUGCCUUCCAAUACAUCUCUCCAUCUCAUUCCAAGUCUGUACCCCAGGAACUGUGA